GGAGACGACUUUUCCAAUAAUCUGUUUUCUGUCUUGUCACCGUUAGCACAUGUGAUAAACGAUUUUCUGUGGACUGAUAGUAUCAGUCUAGCUGUGGCACCCCUAGGAAUCAUUACGAAUAUUGUCAGCGCUAUAAGAGUUGGUGGCCCUUCUCGGCUUAAAGCUGUAGUGACAUGGAGAAGGGCCCGAGAGAACUUGGCGGCUGCAGAAGUAGAGCUGAUGUCUUCUACAUCUGAAGAAGUCUGUGAGCUUUGGAAUGGGCACGAAGUUGUCAGGUGUAUGAGUUUAUCUGUCUACUGCCAAACAAGAAGCCUCCUUCGUCUAAACCAAGCGAUUUUGGCGUAG